UUUUCUCAGAACAAGGCUCCCAGCAGCUGUUGGUAGCGUUGAGGUGCAGAGAGGAGCUCUUGCUUGCCUUGCUGCUGAGGAAAGCUCUUUGUUUCUAGUAUAACUGGAUUCUUGGGGAGAGAUAUGCAGUCCUCCCCUUGCCUGGCAAAUGGGCUAGUUGUGCAAUUUGCCAGAUCAGGAGCCAUGAAGAGAUAUACGAUAUCUCACACCUGGCAGCUACUGAAGAAAGAACUGGGGCUGUACCAGCUCACCAUGGACAUCAUAGUGAUGAUCCGAGUGUGUAAAAUGUUCCGCAAAGGCCUCAGCGGAUUCCGGGAGUUUCAGAUCAUUGCGUCUGCUCAGAGAAAGCAUCCUAUCUUCUCUGUCUGGGAUAGAAAGAAGCAAAGCCGAAUCACAUUUGAUACCAUGGACUUCGUUGCAGAGGAGGGUCACUUCCCUCUAAGGGCUAUAAACAUCAUGCAGAAGAAGCCUUCCUGGAGGACAGAGCACGAGAUCCAGGCCCUCUGUAACAUCUUGCAGGUUCUAGAUAGCUACCGGAACCACACGGAGCCAAUGCAGCUGCUCCUGGCCAAAGUCAUGCGCUUUGAACGGUUUGGUCGCAGGCGUGUGAUCGUCAAGAAAGGGCAGAGGGGCAACAGCUUUUAUUUCAUCUAUCUGGGCACAGUCGCAGUGACCGAGGAUGAAGAUGGCAGCAGUGCCUUCCUGGAUCCCUAUCCAAUAUUGCUGCGCAAGGGUGGCUGUUUUGGAGAAAUGGGCCUCCAGAGUGCUUCAGUAAGGAGGGACACCAUAGUCUGUAUGGAGGAAACGGAGUUCUUGGUUGUUGACCGGGAGGACUUCCUUGCGAAUAAGCUGGACCAGGAAGUUCAGAAGGAAGCUCAGCAUCAAUUUGAAUUUUUUAGGAAGAUGGAUCUGUUUGCACUGUGGUCUGAUGAGAAGCUCUGGCAGCUUGUAGUCCUGGGGAAGACAGAGAAAUUCUCCUACGGGCAGCUGAUCUCAAAAGACAUUGUAAAGUCAUCUUUCAUCAUGUUUGUCUGCAAGGGCAGCUGUGAAGUCCUGAGGCUGAUAGACCUGGGGGAGUCCCCGUCCUACCUCAAGUGGAUCUGGCAGCACCUGGAGCUGAUAGACGGCAGGCCUCUGAGGCACCACUUCAACGAACCCUCUCCUAGGGAGAGAUUUAAGGAAUUCCAGAUCAAAUCAUAUCCUCUACAGGACUUCAGCUAUUUGAAACUUCUACAUCUCCAGAAAGCCUGGGAGCAAAAGGGGACAAGCGUCAGUGGGACGAUCAAAACCUCAGGAAAUAGCCUCCCAAAGCUCUUGGGCCCAAAGAUCAAAUCCAAGCAUACUCAUCCGAUCAAAUGUCCUAUGAUCGAUACCAAGUUUGGUGAGCUCCCCAAGGAGGCUGCAGUGGGGGCCUACAUGAAGAUCCACACUGUGGAGCAAGGAGAAAUCGUGUGAUGAAGAAAUGUGCCAGAAGUUCCUCAAGGAGAACAGCUGGAAUAUCUUUCGGAAGGACCUGUUGCGGCUGCUAGUGAAGCCUCGCCAGAGUCCACCGUUCACCCCAAUCCGGCCCAAGAGGAAAGGUAUCUACAACCCUAAGUGCCUGAUCCUGGAUUUGUGUAGCGUCGACAGGAAGACUAAACCUCGUCAUCCUGUUUUUAUGGCACCCCGGAAAUACCUCCCCCCACUGAGGAUUGUCCAGGCCAUCACAGCACCCAGGUACAAAAUCCAGGAACUCCUGCCUCAGUAUAAGAAUGCGGGAGUCCUUGUUUAGAACCAAUAAAGGAUGUUGGACUGG